GUAUAAGUGAAUGAAGUAUCUUGAAGCUCCUCACUUCUGAACCAGAUUCAAUCCGUCUAAUAUUUUUCUGCCUCGGCGGGCGGUGGUCGAGGAGGAGGAAGACUGUUCAGCUGGAAGAACUAAACCGCAACAAAGACCCCGGUGUGCAUCACUCAGCGACCCACAGUUAUGGCGACCACCGUGAUGGAUAGGAUCGGGCGAGUGUUCAUCAGCCUGCAGCAGAUCAGGGAUUUCCCCCAGAUGCUGAACGAGGCGGCCCCCUCCAUGCCCGGCACCCUGAGAGACACCGAGGUUCCUCCCUACUUCAGAGAGCGCUUCGUCAGCACCGGCUACCGACCGCUCAACCAAAACUGGCGCUACUACUUCCUGUCCUUAUUUCAGCGCCACAACGAGACAAUCAACGUCUGGACUCACCUGCUGGCGUUUUUAGUUCUUCUGAUUAAGUUUAGGCAACUCGCUGAGACCGUGGACUUCGUUGGUGAUCCUCAUUCGUGGCCCCUGUUGAUCCUCAUCCUGUCUUCCCUGAUCUACACGGUUUUCAGUACGGUAGCUCACCUGCUGGGUGGCAAAUCUGAGUUGUGUAAUUAUAGUUUCUUCUUCCUGGAUUAUGUCGGGGUAGCGCAGUAUCAGUACGGCAGUGCUGUAGUUCACUUUUACUACGCCGUGGAAGAGGGCGUGCACAGACACGUUCAUGGGCUCUUCAUGCCUCUUGCAACCUUCCUCAGCUGUCUUUCAUGUCUGGGAUGCACCUAUGGGAAGUACUGCAACCACAAACAGCCGAUGUGGGUGCGUAAGGUGUGCCAGGUGGUGCCCUCAGCACUUAGCUACAUGUGGGACACUAGUCCGGUGGCAUAUAGAUUCAUGACGUGGUCUCAGAACAGCAACGAUCCAGCAGUUUUCUAUCACUUUGGCCAGGUGGCUUUCUUUCUGAGCUGCAGCUUCUUCUUCACCUGCCCUGUUCUAGAGCGCUGCCUCCCUGGGCGGUGUGAUUUUGUGGGACAGAGCCAUCAGAUAUUCCAUGUCCUUUUGUCUUGCUGCACCCUGUGUCAGAUCCAUGCCUCCUACCUUGAUUACGUGGGCCGCAGGGAGCUGUACUCGCGUCUGCAUGGGAGCGAUGAUGCUGGCUUCUUUGUGGGACUGUAUGUGUUAGUUUUAGUUGUAUGCACACUAAUUGUUUUCUUCAUGCGAAGGAAAGUCAAAAAACUGCUUGAUUGCACUGCCAAGUCCAAGUAGUAGAUACAAGAUUGUAGGAACGGCAUUUAUGUGCCUUUCUUCUCAGACAUUUUUCCGAAACCCUAAUAGUCAGAGAAAUGUCACCAUUGCCUCGUUUGUUUUUUCCUAAACGGUGAAGGCAUGUCCUGGCCUACUCUGCCUCUGAUUGGAUAGUACAUGUUGCCUUCAUUUGUUGGGUUGUUUAGCUUUAGGCAUUCGAGUAAGGCGGAUUAAUACCUUCGCCAUAGGGAUAACGGGCAGUUGCACAAAUGGACAUUCGGAUAAAUGGAUUUUCGGUCCAUUGGGAGAUUUUCAGACAACUGGGGUUUCGAAUAAUGGGUCCUGGAAACAUUAGGUGUUUGUUAUUGAGAUAACAAGCUAUCAGACAAACUGGCUUUGGGUCCAAUGGGACCUUUUUCUGAUUAUUGGGGUUUCAGGAUAAUUGGCCGUAAUGCAAUGGCAUUACACAUUGAAAGAAGGGGAACUAACAAUACUGUAUCCGCUUGUUUUAGGUAAAUACUCGUUUAAUUUAGCACAUUCCAUAACUGUAAGUGCCAGAUUAGAAAAAGUGGGGGUAGUUAGCAAUUUGGGACUGAUUUGUGUUUGUGUAAAGUUUGUGAAAAGAGCAAGUGCUUGUUGCAAGUUCGGACAAUAUAAAAUAGUAACAUCACCAGAAAUCUACCAUUUGAAGCUUUAACUACAAUGUUCCUCCAUGCCGGGCUGUGUCAUUUGCAAAUUUUCUGUAAAAAAUUGGGCGUAAAGGUGGUGCUGAGGGAGUAAAACCUUGUGAUGUUGUCAACCAGUGCCGUCAGAUGAUUGACCAGGCUCUUCUGAGAGGAACGCCUUAGGAUUUCAGUUGCAUUCAUGGUGUAAUACAUGUAGUAUUGAAGAAUGUGAAGACUUAUGAUGACUUUUCAUUGCUAGUGUAUGACCUACUAGAUAGCCGUUGUCAAAUCAAUAUUCAGCCUUGGACGUGGCAGCAGCAAACCAGUUUUAACCCGUGAAAAAUAAUCGAUACCAGUUAAAUGUGUGCCAAAUUGAAACGUGUUUUCAGUGCUUUACCCUGUAGACGAGCAUCUCCUGUGUUAAAGGUCCUAUUAUAUUAUCUGGUGGCUCUUAAAUCACCAUAGAUAACAUGUUUCAGUUCCCAUGAAUUCGUAACAGGCUAUCUGACAGCAAGGUAAAGCAGUAAAGGUAUUAUUGAUUUUUCCAAACCAUGUAUUUCACAUUUUGUCUUUUUUGCCAGCUGAUUGUGCGCUAUAGCAAUACACUGCCUUAAACUAUUUAAGAAAGAUUGAUAUUUUUUGAUGGAUUUAAUAUAUAUAAGAGUCUUAUCCAGGGAACUGUUUGGUGUUAUGUGUUUUAACUUGUCAACAGCCACUGUAUUGUGUCUUAUUGAAAAUCUUGAAUGCUUCUUAUUGAUUCCAUAAGGGAGAAAGGAAUGUGGGUGGCAAAAUGAGGGUACUUAUUACAGAUGAAGGUACCAUAUUAUUGUAUGUCUAUGAGAGAUUAUAGUACUCCUGGUGACCAAGAUGUGAAGACAGUGAGAGUUAAACAAUCAUGUUUAUAAGACAGAGUGUGAAGGCAGAUCUAAUCCUUAUAAACGCAUCUUUUUUCUCGUAACCUCUUCAGGUUUCAUGUGUGCAAAAAGGGCGUGUUGACCUUUGCACACUAGUGUACAUCUAUCGGUGACAAAACGGUCAUAAAUAAUGAUUGAACCUCACACAUAAAGUACUAUCUAAUGUUACGCUGUGGCUCUUACUCACUUAAACUCUGAUUGAAUGUCUUACUGUGCCUUUAAUGUAUUUAUAUAAAACUGUCAUUCUGUUAAUGCACUUUCAUUUUCUCAACAUUAUCUCGAACCUGUUGUAUUGUCCUUGCUAUAUUCAAGUUAAAUUAAUGUUGUGUAGAUGUUUGAAGUUUAUUUCAUGUAUCUGACUAGCGACUUUCACUGUGCCUUAUCGUUCUCAUUCAACAUAAAUACAUUGGAUUUGUAGUCCAAGAAACUAUGUUAGGAUUAUAUGCAAGGGAAGUGUUUCCUCAGUAACAAAAUAAAACAUGUCUCAUAAAACCGGAUGAUGAAUUAA